AUGAGAAUUCGCGCGUCUCAUCCAGUUCUUCUCACUCCAGGCCCCAUCGAGACCGACGAUGAUGUCCUUCUGGCCAUGCAACACUACUCCGAGAGUCACGUUGGACAACCUUUCGUUGAGAUAUUUGGUGAAACGCUGACCAUGCUGCGAAAAGUCCUACAGACCACCGAUCCGGGAAGCCAACCGUUCAUAAUCAGUGGAUCUGGAAGUUUAGGAUUCGAUCAGGUAGCCACCAACGUCCUCGGACCGAAGGAUAACGUUCUCGUGUUGAACGUCGGAUAUUGGGGCGAUUCGUUUGUGGAAUGCCUUCGUAUGUAUGAGGUUGAGGUUGAUGAGAUCAAAGCGCCGCUUGGCUGUCAACCCGGGCUUUGGGAGAUCGCAGCGAGGUUGAGGAAACGGAACUAUAAGGCUAUCACCAUCACUCAUGUGGAUACAGCCACUGGGGUUCUCUGCGAUAUACAAUCGAUAGCAGCACUCGUCCGCAGCAUUUCUCCAGACACCCUAAUCAUCGUAGAUGGUGUUUGUAGUAUUGGUAGCGAGGAUCUGAGGUUCGAUGCGUGGGGUUUGGACGUCGUGAUCGGCGCUUCUCAGAAAGCGCUGGGAGCACCCGCAGGCUUGUCUAUAUCCAUGGUAUCUAAAAGAGUUAUACAAGCGCUCGAAGGUGGCAGGUUGAAAUCGAGAAGCUUCUAUUGCUCCUGGAGUAGAUGGCUGCCUAUUAUGCGAAAUUAUGAGGCGAAGAAGCCGUCUUACUUUGCCACUCCACCAUCUCAACUGGUUCGUGCGUUGCACGUUUCUCUAAGCCAGAUCACGUCUCACUCCAUUCAAGAGCGCCUUCAACAGCACAGGAGGGCUUCAGAGAUUGUGAAGAAUGCAAUCAGUACCUUGGGACUGAGUCAAGUGGCGCACAAUCCGACAGACCAGGCCCACGGUAUGACAGCCUUCUAUCUACCUAUAGGUCUUGAAGCGGAGCAAAUUCUACCAAAACUUGCUCGAAGGGGAGCUAUACUGGCUCGUGGACCUCAGGCGGAAAUUGCUGGACAAUAUAUCCGAUUUGCACAUAUGGGGGUGUCAGUGGUAGAUCCCAGACGAAGAGAUAUAGAGAUCGGGAUUGAGGCAUUGAACGAUACCAUUCGCGAACUGCGAUCUACGCUGAAAAUUAGUUCGACUUGA